UUUGUCUGAGUGUCAAAACAUUUUUGACAUGCAGAAGCGAGACUGCAGUAUCAGAAGGAGCCUUUCACGUUAGACACAGAGCUUCCUGUCAGCCUCUGCGAGUCUGUAUCUGUAAACCGUUGACCUUACAAAUGAGCACGCUGCAUCACUGUGAGAAUUGGUGUUUCUGGGCGGUGCAAAGUGGAGUAGAGCACAUCAGAGUGCAGGAUAUCUGAGCACAGCAGCGCACAGAGAGGCAGGCACAUCCGCCGCUGGAGGGAUCAAAUCUGUACCAUCUGACGCUCAAGGAUUUAUGGGUUUAGUCAAAAUUGCUUUUCCCACUGUGGAGAUUAAGCACCGUAGGAUGUUUUCCACUCAGGCCGUAGUGUAGCUGCUGCUGCUGUUGCUGUGUUUCUCCCCUUUUAUCGGCUCCGGCGCUGGAGAAGGGAAUGUCUCAGGGAGGAAGAGUGCUCCAAACCCUGGAGGGGAGUAGAUUCUGACUGACAGGAGAGGUCCGUCCUCUGGGGAAUGUGAACCAUGCAGGUGGAUGCUGUUCUUGUGCUCUUCUGUGUUUGGCUCGUGGGUGCAGCUGGGAAAAUGGCCCAGUCGAGGGGUCACAAGCUGGAGACCUACAAACAGAGCAGGUUGCGAAGAGAGACUAGAAUGGAUGGAGGUGGAGGUCACAAAUCUGGAAGCCCAAUUUACAAACGAAGCCCAGACAUGACAAAAUCACCGAUGACGAAAUCUGAGCAGCUCCUGAGAAUAGAUGACCACGAUUUCACCAUGAGACCAGCGUUCGGAGGCCCUCCAAUUCCUGUUGGAGUAGAUGUUCAGGUUGAAAGUCUGGAUACCAUCUCUGAAGUAGAUAUGGACUUCACUAUGACACUGUACCUGCGUCACUACUGGAAGGAUGAGCGGCUGGCGUUCCCGAGCACCAACAACCAAAGCAUGACCUUUGACAGUCGCCUGGUGAAGAAGAUCUGGGUUCCUGACAUGUUCUUCGUCCACUCCAAGCGCUCUUUCAUCCACGACACCACCACUGAUAACGUCAUGCUGAGGGUUUAUCCUGAUGGCAACGUCCUCUACAGUCUCAGAGUCACUGUCACUGCAAUGUGCAACAUGGACCUUAGCCGCUUCCCUCUGGACACCCAAACCUGCUCGCUGGAGAUUGAGAGCUAUGCCUACACAGAUGAUGACCUGAUGUUGUACUGGAAGAAAGGGAACGAGUCCCUGAACACUGACGAUAGAAUAUCUCUGUCCCAGUUCCUCAUCCAGAAAUUUCACACCACCACCAAGCUGGCUUUCUACAGCAGCACAGGCUGGUACAAUCGUUUGUACAUCCACUUCACCCUGCGGCGCCACAUCUUCUUCUUCCUGCUGCAAACCUACUUCCCGGCCACUCUGAUGGUCAUGCUGUCCUGGGUGUCCUUUUGGAUCGAUCGUAGGGCCGUACCCGCCAGGGUGCCCUUAGGCAUCACCACAGUGUUGACCAUGUCCACCAUCAUCACCGGGGUCAACGCCUCCAUGCCACGGGUCUCCUACAUUAAGGCAGUGGACAUUUACCUCUGGGUCAGUUUUGUUUUUGUCUUCCUGUCGGUGAUAGAGUACGCGGCGGUCAACUACCUGUCCACUGUACAGGAGAGGAAAGAGAGGAAGCUGAGGGAGAGACUGCCGUGUACCUGUGGCAUCGGCAACCCAGACGAGAUGAUGAUCGACCCCCAGAUCACUGGCUAUGGGUCUAUGGAUGUCAACACCACAGGGAAUUAUGGGAUGCCCGAGAAUGGCGGCCGCCAGGAACGAAUCUUGGCGCAGGUGGCACUGAACGACCCGCAAAUAGCAAGCCAGGUGAAGCCGUCCAGAGGCUAUGUGAACAUUUGGAUAGACACCCACGCCAUAGACAAGUACUCGAGGGUUGUCUUUCCUGGUGCGUACAUCCUCUUUAACAUCAUCUACUGGUCCAUCUACUCGUAACACGGGAUGCAGAAGUGCAACCAGUAACUGUGGCCGUCGUCCAUGACGAGACUCCAGGAGCUCAGCCCAUUUUGUACAAGAGCAGGAGAGGUGACAGUUUUCAGACAGAGGAACUGCUCAUAAGAUGCAUGGAGACCAUUGACAGACUGGUGACCAUUGCCUUCUUGACCCAGCCACUUAAAACUGAGGUACUGACAAACGGGACAGUCGUCGUCACUGGUUUUGUCAAUCCACCAAAUCUAUGUGGUUUUAUGUUGUGACUGUACUGCUGUUGACGGAAAGGCGUUUGGAUAUUGUUGCCGCCUGAGGACCUACCGCAUACUCAGAUAAUAGUGCAGUUUAACUCAGCUAUGUUUCAACUCUUGAUGCAGUAACUGACCACACAACAGCUACCCUGGCUUUGUCUAGCACCUUUAAAGCACACAGUUUUACUAGUAAUAUCUGUGUAAAAGCAAGAAUUUAGCCAUUUUGCAGAUGGUAAUGUGCCGGACUAUUUCUUUGCUGGGACCAGUAACUUCCUGGAGUCUCGGCUGUUACUGCUCCAGGACAUAACGUCCUGUAAAAUGACAAAUUGAUGUUUUUACACCUCAGUUUUUAUAUGGAUUAUCAAAUGAGAUAUAACACAUUAAUAAGUGAGCUGUAGAAGUGCUGGUUGGCAGAUUUGUUUUGAAGUGUUAAACAGAGCCAGGCUAGCUGUUUCUCCAUUUCCUUUUUUUGUGCUAAGCUAAGCUAAUCAGCUCCUGGCUGUAGCUUCAUAUGUAGUCUUCAGAUAUGAGACUGAUAUCAGUCUUCUCGUCAUCGCAAGAAUGCAUAUAGGUGUGAUUUUUCAAAAUGUGGAACUAUUCCUCUACCAGAUGAUCAGAUUUUUCUUAUUCUUGAAGUUCAAUUCUUCUAUUGCAGCACGUUAGUAUGAUUCAUUAUAUGUAAAAAAUGUUGUGAUCUUUGUAUGAGUGCAGUUAUGCAUUGCAUUAGUGUAAUUUGACACAGUUUAGGAAAAAAGCAAAACAAUGCAGUCUAUUAAAAUCACAAAUGUAAAACUAUAUGUUUAGUAAAUCCCAAAUAUUGAUAAUAAUAUUGACUUAUUUUUUAAAUGUCCUUAUUUCUUCUUUUUUUUAUACAACGGAAGCUCAUCUCCUCUGUCUGGUGUUGUGAGGCUUUGAGGUUCACUGUGACCUGUUAGUUGCUAGUUUUAUUGUCUUUUUCAGCUUAAGACAACUUUGUACUUUGUUAAGCAAGAGAUAUUAAGAACAUCUUUCGGUGGUUCAUAAAAAAAUGUAUUAACCAAAAAUACAGAUAUAAAAUUUUACUCUUGAAAGAUGUUACAUGUGCGAAAAUGUUUAAUAAAUGUUUUGUUUUCUGAAAAUGUGAACAUUAUUUGAGCAGAGUUUAGGUGCUGAACAACAAAAACACAAUACUGUACAUUUUAAAUCUCCUCCAUGUAAUUUAUUGAUUUUGUGCAAAUAGAAAUUGAUUGAGAUGCAUGGCUGAAAAUGCCUUUCUUUUUCCAUAUACGUCAAUUAAAAUCAACUUAAAACAAACAAAAACAGAAAAAUUUGUGAUAACAAAUUUUGUGUCAGUUGAAUCACAAGGUAACAUUUUACUGGUGCGACUCCUCAAGUCUUGGUCCCCAAGAAAAUCCUAUUUUCCUGCUCUCCUAUACAGCAUAUUUAAACUGUGCCGGAGGAUAAGCUUUCACAGGUAUUAGACAUUUGAUUCCUACCAGCUCCAGGGUUUCUCUUCCCUCUCUGGCACAGGUCUGAUUGCUGAUGAGCAUUCAUACCAAAUCACAUAAACUGGAUCUUCUGUAAUAACAUUAACUGCUCAUGUCACUUAAUUUUUAUAUAUAUAUAUAUAUAUAUAUAUAUAUAAGGUGAACCAAUCAGAAGUGGUAUUGCUUUGACUUCUGCAUCUUGUGUGUGUGUGUGUGUGUGUGUGUAUAGUGUAAGUCAUAAAAACAUCAUAGUACAGUAAGAUAUAGAAGUGUAAGGUGUUCAUUUACAAGCAUAUAACUUUGACUUAAGAAUCUAAGUGAUGUUUGAGAUAUAUAUAUAUAUAUAUAUAUAUAUA